AUGACACAAGUUAAAUUAAUAGAAUCAUCAAGUACUUUUAAAAUGAUCGAACAAAAUAAUUCUUCAGUAAAUAAUAAUGACAAAACAGUUGAUAUUCAACUUUCACCAAAUAUGAAAAAGUCAUUGUCCAUUUCAUCUGAUUUGCAUCGUUUUGAGAAUGGUAAAAUCAAAUGUAAUAUACAAAAUCAAGAUGGAACAACGAAGACUAUUGAAUGUGAUAUAAAUAUCAAACAAGGUCGAUUAUUUUGUAAAAACUAUUGGAAAGAUUUUGGAGAGAUGGCAUCUAAUCAGCAAUACGUUUUCGAAACGGAACUUACAGCAAAAGGUGAUCCGGUACAUUUACUUGUCAACUAUUUUCCUACAUCACAUUCUGCAUUAAAAAGUGUUUCUGUCAUGAUCAAUGAAAAAUCCAUUAAACCUGCGACAGAUAUAUACAUGCAUAGAACAUUAGAUGAAUUUAUCGCAUAUAACAAAGAUCAGGAGAUUAUUAUUCAGUCUGAAUCUAUUGUUACCCUAAAGGUUAUUAUUAAAUUAAAAGAUUUUGUUCAAACAUCAAACGAAGCAUCUAGAUUUUUACAGGAAAUACAAGUAAUUUCUCUGCGAGAAAUAUUUCUUGGUCUUGAUCAGAUGGUUUAUAAAUAUCGUCCAUUCUGUUUUUUGAUAUCAGGUACAAUAGGUACAUCUCAAUCAAAUACCACGUAUUCUGAUGUUGUGUUCAAAACUUUGAACGAACUAUUUACUAGUAUAACAUUGAUCUCUUGGGACACAUUAGCAUGUGUAUUAGAUACAUAUCGAAGCUCAACAAAGACCAAUGAGAAGACAAAAGCUUUACUCGAGAUUAACCACAUACUUCAAAACUCAUUUCACAACAAACCAAUACUAACUGAAUCGAAUGUAGGCGAACUUAUCGAUGAAAUACGAAAAUCUAUUUCAGGUAUAAAAUUAGCGCAUUAUUUCAUUCAAAAGGUCAUUUACACAUGGAAUAUUCAUCCGGUUAUAACACUACCAUUAUCACAAGAUACGAUCGAAGAUUCACUCGGUUUAGCAGCUGCAUGUUUAUCAACUCAGCUAAUUAAAUCAGAUCAACAAGAAUGUCAAUUCAUUGAUAUAUUGUCCUUACUUCGUGUUACGACAAAGUUUAAUCCAUCUUCAGAGCUAUCAUUUAAUCAAAUGAUAACAAUACUUAAUGCUACUUUAAGACCAUCAUCAAAAUUAUUUGAAAUAUUUUCGAAUUUUUUGAGUUACGGUUUUAAAAUUCUUACUGCUUCAGUAGACAAGGAGUUAGACUAUAUUGUACAGGAAUGGCCAUGGAAUACAAAUAUCUUGAAACAAACAGCAAUUUCAACUUCCAGGGCAAUAUCAGCAUUAUUUUUUGACCAAGACAAAAAUAAACACGAAAAUGCAGAAAACUCUAUUGAAGAUAAUUUAGCAAGUUUUUUCAACGUAUUCAUACAACAACUAGAACCUGACUUAAGUUUAUUAUGGAAAUCUUGUUUAAAUUUGAAUACAGCAGAUACAAUUUCAAUAUCUGAAUCACUGCAAAUAAUAUGUAAUAUGAUACCAGAAAAUUUUCAAGUGAGACAAGAAGCUUAUCUACUUGCAGAUAUUGCUAAAAUAUUGUUAAACUAUCGUGCAUUUCCUGAACAGUCAUUCGAUAAACUCACAAAAUAUUCAAUCGAUCUUCUGGAUUGUCGAACUGAUGAAAUUCGUGCUAUUUGGAAAGAAAAGAAGCCUCGAUGGCAGGAUUGCAUCAUUAAGUUAAUUGAAUAUAUUUUCGAUCCACCAUUUGUUGUAAAAAGUUUACUUACAAAAACUUAUAGAUUGCCAAUGGAUGAAGAAGAACUAGAAAAUGAUAUUCGUCGAGCAGUUGGACAUCAGAUUGAAGACGCAUAUAUAAAAAAUACAGCAAAAGAAUUGUUCAUACUCAAGGAAUCAUUAACAAAUGAAAAUAGUUCAAACAUAAUUAAUACUACGAAUAACUUUAUUGUACAUUGCAGAAAAAUUGGUUUAAUAGCAUCAUCAGAACGAAUCAUUUAUAUAAAUCGAGCAUUAUUAGCAGUAGAAAAAUUGCACAACUAUUCUCAAACAUAUGAUUAUUCAGCGAUUGAUAUUUGGUUUGGAUUAGUUAUCUUAUGUGGAUGUAUAUCAGAUAAAUGGCGUAAGUCACCUUUAUGGUAUGCGUCGGAAACAUUAUUUCAAUUCACCAAGAAUCCUUCGAUUGAAAACACUUUAAAUAUUUUUAUUCAAGGUCUUUCUCAUGUGGCACAAGAAAACCAUUGUACUGAAUUUAUUGACUGA